AUGGCGGCAGAAGUGCAGAAGGAGGCCAGCUCCUUCCCAAGCCUGGCAAGCCUCUGGCCUUUUGCAAGCGAUGCAGGCAAAGCUGCGGAGGAGACGCCGCAGGAGCGGCCGGAGACGAGGAAUGCCGCCGAGCCUGCGGAGGCGGCAGGGGAGCCAUCGAGGGCCUCCACAACGCAGCUUGGCCAGCACAAGGCCGGCGCAACAUUGCGUCCACCAUCUGGCUCCGAUGAUGCGGAAGCAGCUGGCUCACUGCCGCUGCCAACGUCUCGCUCGCUCCGUGAGUCUGCCAUAUCGUCGACACCCCAAGGGUCGCCGUCGAGCAGGCGGGCUCGAACAGGCAGGGAAAGCUCUGGCGAGCCCGGAAGCCCUGGUGCGCGGUUCUGUGCAGAUGCCUUCCAGUCGAAUGGACCAGGUGGCCAAGGUGAAGACCGCCAAGCUGCCGCGGAAAAUUCAGACUCGAAAGUACCAGCACUGACGGCCUUUGCCGAGCAGCUUGCCUCUGCGACGCAGCGAGCGCCACAGAGGUUGGCCGAGCGGUUGACGGAGCAGCUGCAGCAGUCUUGCCUCGAAGAGGCAGCCAUGGGCCAAAGCAGCUUCACUUGGGACAUGCAGCUGCCGUCCAACAGCCGCACUUUUAUGCAUCAGGUUGCUCGCGCAUUUGCCUCGCGGGUGGAAGCGCUGGGCUUCGAGCAAGUGGAGUGGUGGAAUGGCAGGGAAUGGAGCAAACAGAGCCGCCAGUAUCACAUCGUGCACGACCCGGUGUAUGAGAAGUAUCACAUGAAGAUUAAAGUGCGGUGGCUCGAAAGGCUUCCGCAAGAGGAGGAUGCCGCCGCGCCGAGGCGUCAGAUAACUCCUCAGCCUGGUUUUACAGCUCCGAGUGCUGAGCAAGCCGUGGUCGAACAGGUGUCAAAUUGGUUGGAAAUGCAGAGGCAGAUGCUGGAGCAGCAGCUUGGAAUUCACCCUGCCGACGAUACCCAAGAAAGCAGAGAAUGUCUGAAGGCUCCGCCCGGCACCCAAAGUACGACUUCCACUCUUUGA